AUGAAGAUGUCUGAAACCAAAGUUCGUAUUGACGAGUAUAUACCUACAAAGGGUUUAUUAUAUUUCAAUGAAGAACUGAAGUAUGUUGUUUCGAAACCAAAAAUAAUGCCAUUGAAAUCGAUAACACUCGAGAAGUUAGAGACGUUGCAAAACGAUGCUCAAGAAAAAUUGAAGCAACAAGAGAAAUUAGGUCAAGAAUUUUCACCAACCUUUUAG